AUGGGAUCGAUACAAGAGGGUAACAGUGGUCUUCGGCUACCUGUGAUCGAUAUAUCCGAAUUCUCCGUGGAAGUUGGCAAGCAGUUGUUCGAUGCGGCCACCAGGUAUGGCUUUCUUUACAUCGACACCAAGGGCACCGGCUUCACCGAGGGAAUGGUUGACCAGGAAUUCGAGCUCUCACGCGAAUUCUUCGCCUUGCCAGAGGCACAGAAGGAGCAGUGGCGUAUCAACGAAACGAAUCGGGGUUGGACGGGCAUGCAUGGAGAAAUACUCGACCCAAACUCGCAACGGAAGGGUGACUUCAAAGAGGCGUUCAAUAUCGGGGAGUUCAUGAACGGGAAACCCUCGCAGCCAAUGCCACACACUCUAGAGGCUCACAUUGACGAACUGGCCCAGUUCGAAAGAACUUGCAAAAAGGUCUGCGAUCGCAUCCAAGACCUACUCGGACUGGGCCUCGAAGUUGAAGAACCCAACUUCUUCUCGUCACGACAUACCCAGCCCAGCGGCUGCACCGUUCGUUUCCUCCAUUACCCUUCUGUUCCUGAAGACGUGGACUAUGAGCCAGAAGUGGACAUUCGGGCGGGCGCUCACUCGGACUAUGGGAGCAUUACUCUUCUAUUCCAACGUCCCUCACAACCUGGAUUGGAGAUCUUGACUGUGGGCGGCUCUUGGGCUCCUGUCCCUGUUAUUCCUGAAGGGUAUCCGUCUGCAACAUUCCCACCAAUCCUUGUCAACAUUGCCGACCUCCUGUCCUAUUGGACCAACGGCCUCCUGAAAAGCACCGUUCAUCGUGUCAUCUUCCCGAAGGAUUCCAGGAGAGGUGGCGAGGAUCGUUACUCGAUAGUAUAUUUCUGUCAUCCGGGUGACGAUGUCGAGCUGGUGCCGGUGCCGAGCAAGCUGGUCGCCGCACACGUCCUGGAAGAUGGGACCCAGAUCGGAUAUGGAGGAGGUGCUGCGACCAAGCGUGCAAUCACGGCGAGGGAACAUCUGAAUAACAGGCUGCAAGCAACGUAUGAAUUUCGAAUAGAGAAGAACAACAAGACGGGAGGUGGCAAGGCAUAA